AUGGCAGGAAGUAACCUAAGUGUCAUUUCAGAGUUCCUCCUCCUGGGUCUACCCAUCCAGCCAGAAUACCAAAACCUGUGCUAUGUCCUAUUUCUGGCAAUGUACUUGAUCACUGUCCUGGGAAACUUCAUCAUCAUCGUCCUCAUUAUACUGGACUCCCAUCUCCACACACCCAUGUAUUUGUUUCUCAGCAACUUGUCCUUCUCUGACCUCUGCUUCUCCUCUGUCACAGUGCCCAAGUUGCUACAGAUCAUGAACAGCCAAGUUCCAUCCAUCCCCUAUGAAGGAUGCCUCACCCAGAUGUACUUUUUUCUGUUCUUUGGAGACCUUGGAAGCUUCCUGCUUGUGGCCAUGGCGUAUGACCGCUAUGUGGCCAUCUGUUUCCCCCUGCACUACACCAGCAUCAUGAACCCCAAGCUCUGUCUCACCCUGGUAGCACUGUGCUUGGCACUGACCAUGUUCCCUUCCCUGUUACACACUCUGCUCAUGGCCAGACUAUCUUUCUGUGCAGACAGUGUGAUCCACCACUUUUUCUGUGAUAUAUCUGCUCUGUUGAAGUUGGCCUGCUCUGACACUAGUGUUAAUCAGUUGUUGGUAUUUGUUGUAGGGAGUAUCUUUGUUGUCAUCCCAUUCCUAUUAAUCAUCAUGUCCUAUGCAGGGAUUGUGUCCUCCAUCCUUAAGGUCCCUUCUGCACAGGGCAUCCGUAAGGCCUUCUCCACCUGUGGCUCACACCUGUCUGUGGUGUCUCUGUUCUAUGGCACAAUUAUAGGUCUCUACCUAGUCCCAUCAGCUGAUAAUUCUCCUGUGAAGGAGACUGUCAUGUCCAUGAUGUACACUGUGGUGACUCCCAUGCUGAACCCCUUCAUCUACAGCCUGAGGAACCGAGAUAUCAAGGGAGCUCUGGGAAGAGUUGUUUGUAAAAAGACAUUCUUUAGCUUAAUGGCAGCUCAUGGGAUUUAA